AUGGCGGCUGCUUCUUCUUCGUCGUCCUCCUCCUCUCCAUCCUCUUCCUCCUCCUCCUCCACGUCCUCUCCGUCCUCCUCCGACCCGGACUACAAGGUCACCACCUCCGACCUCGACGACGACGCCGCCGGCGUCGAGCUCCCGUCGUCGGACGAGGAAUUCCUCUCCGUCUUGCGCACGCAGGGCCACGUCGACGCGGUGUGCAAGAAAUACGGCAUCUCCGAGGACCAGUACACCGCCCUCCCCGCAGGCGACCUGCGCGCCAGCUCGUCCCCGCCGCACGGCGCCGUCUGCGUGUACGCGCACGCGCUGGAUGCCGGGAUGCGCGUCCCCCUGCACCCCUUCUUCGUCGACGCGCUCAACCACUUCGGCCUCGCGCCCACGCAGCUCGCGCCCAACGGGUGGCGCAUCAUGGCGGGAUUCGUUGUCCUCUGCCACUCCGCCGGCGUGUCGCCGUCCCUCGCGGUGUUCCGGCGGUUCUUCAUGCUGUCCACCCUCCCCCACAGCCACAAGCAGAAAAAAGGCUGGUACUACUUCCAUCCCAGAUCGAGGGACAGAUCCGGCUUGCGCUUCACGGGGUUGCCGGAGUCCAUCAAGGAUUGGAAGCGUGGGUUCUUCUUCCUCUGUUCGCCGACCGCGUGGCCUUGUCCUGUGGAGUGGGGCAGGCCGUCCAAGAGCUCUCUCGUGGACCCCGUGCUCUCCACCGAAGAUGAGGCAUCGGCGGCCAAGUUGCUACGUGCUCAGGGAGCCUCCUUCAUUGAUCUUAGGAAGUAUCUUUGCCGCAGCAAUCUUGCCAACGCCGGGAUAUCUCCCUUAUCGGCACCGGCACGGGCGCCGUCAUCACCGCAGCUCCCGGCACCGGAGCCGUCGUCACCGCAGCCGUCGUCACCGGAGCCGUCGUCUCCGCAACCGCCGCCUUCUUAUACUUGUACCGCCACCGAGUCCAAAGUGAUGGAUCCCGCAGUGUACGGCAUGAUGAAAUCCAUGCUAGCAGCGAAGGCGGCGGUUGCACAAACACCGGCAUCGACGAACAAGGUGAAAAUCGAGCCGGGCGGAGAUGCGACGAGAUCGUCACCAUUGCGUGGGAAGAAGAGGAAUCUGGACGAAGCAGGCGGCAGCGACGGCCCACCAUGUGUGCUGCCAAACACUCCGCCUACCGCCGAUGACAGCUCGGCGCCCACCGGAAUUUGUUCCCCAACCGAAGCCUUCUCCCGGAGCAGUCGGAAGAUGCAGCAUAUUCCCAGCGGACACGACGGCGACAGCACCGACUGGGUCGCCGCGAGGGAGAGGCUGCGGGGCGUCGUCCCGCCGCAGCAGGAGCGCGUGUUUGCGGCGACCGAGCCCUCCGACAUCGUCGCGUCCAGCUACAUCGCCAUUCUUCAGGUAUGCUAG